CUUCUUGUAAACAAACGUGAACUAUCUUUUUUUAAGCAACAAUAACAUAAAAAUAUUAUUUUAAUUUUAAUGAGAUUAUUAUUGUAUUAGAAUUAGUAAAUAAAAUGGAUCAACAAACGGCAAAACGUCUUUUGGUUGAAGGGGCUUUUUUCAUUUUACUGGACGUUCCGAAAGGUACAGAAUUUGGUAUCGAUUUGAAGUCAUGGAAUACAGGAGAAAAAUUUCGAGGGGUUAAAAUGAUACCUCCAGGAAUACAUUAUAUAUUUUUUAAUGCUGUAUCAGACACAGGAGACAUGGCUCCGAGAAUAGGGUUUUUUAAAAAUUUUAGAAAAUCGGAAGUAUUUGUAAAGAAAUGGGACAAGGAAAACGAAUGCAUUAGUAGUGACGAAGUACCUGAAAGCGAGGUUGUUCAGCUAAAAGAAAAUAUUUUACUUCUGGAUGGUUUUCUAGGACCGUAUCCUUUCGAUAUCCUGGAUAAAUGGAAAAGCCUUUGUUCAUGUAUUACGAAUACUUUGGUAGAAAAAAUUAGUCCUGCAUCAGGUUAUGUUAGGGCUGCUUUAGAAUUACAGUCGUGUAGUGAUGCAGAUAGACCUAGAGGCAAAAGAAAAUCAAUAAAUGAAAAUGAUGAAGUUUUACCUAAAAGUCCAAGAUUAUCUCAAAAUACAGAGCAUGUUUUUUUACCAAAUUUAAAAGCCAAAGAAGGUACAGAACUAAGGACAACUCUAUUCCCAGAUAAAAAUUAUCCAGAAAAUUCCACACCUGCCGAAAUUACCAAACAUUCUUUAGAUUCUUCUUAUGUGUUAGAGGAGAUGGUUACCAAAUACACAAUAUCUACAGAAAUUUUAGGAGAGAUGCAAAUUUGUUACAUCUGUUUUCUAGUUGGACAUAGUUUAGAAGCAUUCGACCAUUGGAAAAAAAUAUUUAAUCUCUUCUGUUCUUGCCAAACUGGUAUUAAAAAGCACAAACAUUUAUAUGAUAUAUUUAUAUCAGUAAUUGAAAUACAGAUUCAAGAAAUUCCAGAAGAAUUUAUAGCUGAUAUAGUUACAAACAGCAACUUUGUUUAUGUGAAACUGAGAGAGUUAUUUAGAGCUAUAAAAGAUUCUGAAGUUGAUGGAAUUCUGAAGACAAAAGUUCAAAGGUUUACUCAUAAACUGACCAGUCUGUAUCAGUGGGAUUUUAAUCAUUUAGAUUCUGAGGAUGAAGAUGAAGCACCUAUUAUUGUUGAAACUUAG